AUGUGCUUUUUCCUCUCCGCUUGUCUGAAUGUGUUGCAGGGCUCCCAGUACGAGCUGAAAGAUAAUCCGGGUGUCCACCCUGCUACCUUUGCUGCCCACACCGCCCCCGGCUAUUAUCCCUACGGACAGUUCCAGUACGGGGACCCGGGGCGGCCCAAAAACGCCACCCGGGAGAGCACCAGCACCCUCAAGGCCUGGCUCAACGAGCACCGCAAGAACCCCUACCCCACCAAGGGCGAGAAGAUCAUGCUGGCCAUCAUCACCAAGAUGACCCUGACCCAGGUCUCCACCUGGUUCGCCAACGCCCGCCGCCGGCUCAAGAAGGAGAACAAGGUCACCUGGGGCUCCAGGAGUAAGGACCAAGAAGACGCGAAUCUCUUCGGGAGUGACAAUGAGGGGGACCCCGAGAAGAACGAAGACGACGAGGAAAUCGACCUGGAGAGCAUAGACAUCGACAAGAUCGACGAGAACGAUGGGGAGCAGAGCAACGAGGAAGAGGAGGAGAAGCCCGAGCUCCUGAGACAAAGCAGCGAAGAGGAGCACUUGGAGAAGGAGAAGGAUUUGGCACUGUCGGGCUCCGAAGGGCUGAAACCCAAAGACGCGCUGGCCAUGGUGAAGGAGGCCUCUGACAACAGCACGCGAAUCAUCAGUCCCGGGGGACAGAACAAUUUACAGAUGCCAUCUCACAGCAAACCCAAGAUUUGGUCUUUGGCAGAGACGGCGACCAGUCCCGACGGUGCCCUGAAAUCCUCUCCCCCUCCGCCCCCUCCUCCCCAGGUUAAUCACACUUCCCCACAGAUCCAGCAUCCCGCUUUUCUCCCUAGCCAUGGACUCUACACGUGCCAGAUUGGCAAAUUUCACAACUGGACAAAUGGGGCUUUCCUCACUCAAAGUUCCCUGCUAAAUGUGAGGUCCUUUUUGGGAGUAAAUCACCACCACGCUGCUCAUCAUAAUCACCACCUCCAGGCCCAGCAACAACCUUCUGUUUUAACAGCAACCCUGGGAGCCCUAAGCAGUGAAAAACCUUCAGAGAGGACCAGUCCCAAACACAUAGAAAGAGAAAAUGUACCAAGAACUGAAUCCCCACCUCAGCCGCUAAAAUCGCCCUUCCAGCCUGUCCGUGACAACUCUUUGGCUCAGCAAGAGGGAACACCGAGAAUUUUAACAGCUCUCCCUUCCGCUUGA